UUGAAGUUCCCGGGAAUGUAUUUUGGAAUGGUACGGGAGUAUCCCAGUGAGAACAGCGAUCUCGAUGUUUGGUGUCUUGGAUCCCCCAAAAUGUCCCCCUGCUGCUGUCGAAGUUGACCAACAGCCUCGCUACGAAUGCAGAGGUGACGCCAGCCCCAAGACCAAAACGCUCCUGUUUCAAGGGAGCCACACCCUGCAGUGGCCGCCUAUCUGAUGUAUGUAGAAGCCUUUUACGUGAGGCAGUACAUGUCGGAGUUUUCUUCAUGUCCUGUCUCGACUGCUAUCGCUCGGUGUCAAGUUGUGACGGAGGAGGAUCUCCCGCCCCCAAUCCAUCUGCUUCGAACUGCAGAAUGCUUCAAGCCAGCCCCGUGUACAGCGAGCAGGACAAACGUUUGUGCCACUAAUUUACACUGCUCAGUUAACAUAUUUGAUCAUAUACUCCCUUCUGGCCACGGUGGGUUACCUUCUGAGCGUCGUUUCCACUCACCUGUGGUCCACCACAAGCUGCUGUGUCUUACAGUACAUCCCCACACAAGUCUUGAUAUCUUGUAUCAUAUGGACAAUCGCCCUCUCCUUGCCAAGUUGAACACUCCACUCAGUCCACAAUAGUCCGCCCAAGUGCUCUUUCAGGGCUAAGUCCGUGCUCACAACAUGCGGAUCUGGAGGCCCGAGAAAGCUUACGAAAAUGUGGUGGUUAGCGAGGUGAAAGAAUUCCAAAGACUCCACCACAUUCAUUGGCGGGCACCGACUGUCAUGGGAGUCAGCUUCCUUGGAGCAGUUGUACUAAUGGCACUCCACCACACGUUAUAUCAGACCGUGGACGGUCAACCGGCAACGGCAGCUGUUAUCCAGUCAUGGGUCAAUCGAGCCGGCACAGCAUUAGCCUUCGUAUCCAAGCUAUGCCUCGCAAUUGGCACAGGCGUGGCCUAUGAUCAGUGGAUGUGGGUCGACCUACAUUCGAAACCUCAUCAGGUCCGCAGUCUUGAUACCAUGUUCUCCAUCCUUCAAAAUGCCUUCGGGUUCCUCCACUUGCGACUUUGGUCCAUGAGGCCGGCAUUAGCAUUCUUGGCUGCUGUGACUUGGCUGUUGCCUAUAGCCGCCAUAUUCACGCCUGGCACCAUAUCGGUUCAGCCUGUUUUAGUGACGGAAAAUGGGACGUUGCAGGUCCCUCAACGAGCCUAUACCACCGCUGGGCAACUAUACUGUGGCACGGCCAUCCAAAAUGAUACUACGACGUACCAAUCGCUGGCGACGGGACUGUUGAACCCGACAUUUGCAACUGUCCUUUCAAAUAGUGUUCUUCCUGUUCCGGCAUCAUCUAUGAAUUUGACGUAUGACCUUGAUUUCUACGGACCCGCAGUCUCAUGUCAGCCGUCCAGCGUGCGAGACUUCCAGUUAGCAAAGCAGGCUAUCGCGGAAUUCGAAAAUAUGACAGACGGGCGGGUGUUUUAUUAUGGGUGGGUUCCACAGCCAGGAUGGGGUCCUGGUGUGAACGGAUCCUUCUUCGACUCGACAGACCUCCGUAUUGGCAACUUCCGCAUCGAUUUCCAGUCACAAGAUGCGGCACGGGUUUUUGUCUAUCUCAACACUACCGGCGUAGAUGCAAAGGGAGGUCGAGCUUCGUUUGUCGGGACACCUGCGGCACAAAUGAUCACUUGUGCCCUGUACAACGCCUCCUAUGCAGCCCAUUUCGAAGUCAAGAGCACUGGAGAGCAACAAGUCACAGCAGAUCAUACUUUUCAAAACUGGAUGGCAGCCUAUAGCACCGUGAACGGAACGACCGAAGACCCUCUGGUCACCCGUCAGAUGAACAUACAAGCUGUCAUGGAGGCUUUUGGUAUGAUGAUUGUUGGCCCAGUAACAUUUUCCAAUGUCAACCAAGGUCCUACAACCAACUCGGUAUAUUCACUAAGCAUGAAUCCCGCUCUAUUUCCUUCCCAACCUGGACUCAAUCAGACAGGGAUGACGCUUCGAUUGAGUACAUUGUACGAAGAUUUGGCUCAGAACAUUACGUUGAGCAUGUUGUACGGUGUACUUCCUGGGGUUGAUUAUUCUGGUCAAACAGACGCUGCUGUCAUCAAAUCGACUUUCCAACCCCGGUUCGUCUAUCAGCCACGCACAUUACUCGUGACUUAUGGAGUGAGUACCUUGUUCGCCUUCAUAUGUGUGGUGAUGGGCGUGCAUGCUCUUUUGCACAAUGGGGCAUCAUACACCAACUCUUUCUCAACCAUAGUCAGAGUCACAAGGGAUCCAUCCUUCUCCAGGUUGAUCGCAGAUGAGGGAGACCUGCAGGGCGCUGAGCCGGUACCGAGACACAUUCGCGAGGCUGAGAUUCGCCUAGGACGCAGUGCCAAAGUUUCGGCCAGUCACGCUUCCAGCUGGCUAUAAGGAUGCAAAGAAAUUAGGUUUGGCGAUAGCGAUGAGAUGGUCAUGAACAACGUAGUUUUGUACAUAUAUAGCUCCUUUCAGAUAAGACGAAAAGAUCUGAGCUUGCAGGAUUCCUGGUUAGGGGUCGUUUAGCUUUCAGCCUUGCGCC